AUGAAAAUAUUUGAAAAAUGUCAUCGAAUUCGACAAUUCAAAUGCAAUAAGUCCGCUGUCCGUUGGUCACUACUCGCUUCCUCGGAUAUGGUGCGACGGUCCGUGGCGCACACAAAAAAAAACCUGUUUUCAAUGAAUGUAUAUUAUACAAAAAUAUACCUAUGAAAAACAAAAACCGGCAGCGACGACCUAAGCCAGGGGUGUCCAACCCGCGGCCCGCGAUAGAUUUCGAUGCGGCCCUCACUUCAAUUUAAAAUCCAUGAAUCAAUUAUAUAUAUUAUAUUAAUAUUACGAGAACAAAUUUAUUUUAAAAAUAUAAACCAUCAAAUAACGUCCGUGUUUUUACCGCUGCGGCAUCUUAUCUUAUAUUACAUACGGACGUGUGCAUCGGACCAACUCAAUAUUAAAAAAGCUACUUCUGAGUCCCUAACCGNAUUUAUUGAUGGCGAGUUUAUUAAGGAGUGUUUGGAAAGUGUUGCAGAUAUAAUGUGUCCUGAUAAAAAAACAGACUUCAAAAAUUAGUCUGUCUCAUUAGACUAUAAGCAAGCGAAUCAAUGACAUUGGAAAGUCCAUCGAAAAUAAACUGGAGGAAAAAGUCCGUUCUUUCAAAUAUUAUUCUUUAGCUAUUGAUGAUAAAUUAUAUCUACCCAAAGAAACAUAUCCAGUCCUUCAUCACCAUGCCUUACUCAUGUUCUCGCUUUUUAGCAGUACUUACAUUUGCGAACAAUUGUUUUCAAGAAUGAAAAACACAAAGAGUAAAAAUCGGUCCACUAUAUCAGACGAGCACCUUGAAAGUUGUUUAAGGGUUUUCACAACUUCAAUCGAUCCAGAUAUUGAUUCAUUACUUUCACAAAAAAAGCAAUUUCAAAUUUCACAUUAA